AUGUCUGACACUUCUCAAACUCCGUCAGAUGAAGACGAUGUAUUGUCACUACUGGCUAAAACCAUAAUCAUCGAUCAGAACCCUGACGCGAACCGCUUCCGAGGGGUCGGUUCUUUGCAACCGCUCGAGCCCACCUCGUUUGUCGAUGAGCAUGGAAUCAUGAAUCAUGUUCAUAUCGAGCCGCAAAGAAGUCGCAAUGGACGCACACUGGAAAUAUGGUGGGGUCCUGGAGCGGAAGCCAGAGCUGCUUGGCUUCUCAUCGACAGGGCACCGCCGAUAAAGCACGAAGCCUGGACUGCGACACAACAGACGCUCUAUGGGACUCCUCCGCACCCAAACCACACUCCAGCCAUUAUUGCUCUUAUCGACCGUGCAGUGCUGGAAGAACGCCGAUGUUGGCAAGAACUGGACACCCUUAAUUCAGAGCCGACCCUCGAGUCAAUUGCAGCUGUGAACAUGCAAGCCGUUCUGGAACAUGUGUGCUCCCUCUCUGGCAUUGCUCCCGGCGGCGGCGAUCCUAUGCUUUCACUCGAAAAGCUGCAUUACGAGCUGAGCGAUGACCUUGUAUUGCUGGGCAGAUAUCAUCAGAGAAUCAAAGCACUCGGCUGCGAAUCAAAGGCAGAGCACGCUGUUGACGUUGUCACCGAAGCCAACGCCCAAAGGCUACUGAAUCGUUUCAAGGAGAUAUGGGCCGCAAUUGUUGGAAAACUCUCUCCCGGGCAGCUCGCCAGCGAGAUGGAGUUUUAUGCCCAUCAGAUGCAGUGGCCAUGUCGAUAG